AUGGACACCGAUAGUUUCGUAGACUCGGACUCCGUGACUCCAGUGCUCAAGAGAACAGCUGUGAAAUUCGAUACUACCGCCGACUCGCGUAAAUCCAAAACGCUGCAACAGCACAUGCACAGGUGCUCUAGUAUUGCUGAUGAAAGAGUGUGCUCAAACUAUACGGAUCUCAGUUAUGCUCCAUUUGGUUUAAAAAAUACGGAUUCGGAAGCUGCUGAUAAAACAGUGGAAAAUUUGAAAAUGAUCACAUCGCAUUUGAACAAACGAAUGGACCGGUGUGCUAUUCCUCAUGGGUUUGUACUGGACCCACACUAUUUUGUGACGCACCACCCAGGUGCACUUGGAGAAUCUCUAUCGAACACCACCGUGCUCGGCGAUUCGAUAUCAUCAUGCCUAUUCGAGGAACAAACAGAUAUACCACAUCUAACCGGAACAGUUGGUCUUGACCGAUUUGGACGACAGGUGAACUCAAUAGAGGAGAAAAAUUCAAAGGAAAGAGCAAGCCUUAGUCAUGCUGAUAAAUGCUCAGCGGAAACAGUAAUGCAACAAGUGAAUGAACUCAAUGACCAGCUACAAACAAAGGCAGAAAAUGUGCACAUGAAGCAUAAACGACCAUAUCAUACCGCAAUGGAAAUUCCGUUCGACGCGUUGGCUUGUUUUCCUUUAUUGUUUCCACCCACAUGUGUUCCUGCUACGAUGCUAAAUAACGCCUCCCUUCCGGAACUUCAUGAAAAAGCUCCAUGGAUCACCACAAACAAAAUCUACGAUCCUUCGUUUCCGCAGGACCCAAUGCAGACAAGUACGGUGCCGGCAAUUUUUAUGUGCCCUACAGCCGCUCCGCUCGAUGCUUAUCGAAACUUUCCAUUCAUGCCAACUCACUUCGGAAAUCAGCCGAUAGUAUCUUUUCCCGUCGACUUAAAUCAGCCUCCUACGCCAAUAACUAUAUCCGAGGAACUGAGUACCACGAAGAUACCCAGGUUUUCUUGUAUCACAGAUGGAUCAGUGUAUUCCAAUAUUCCGGACGUAAUCGCGUCUUUGCCAAAGCCAAGCUUAUCAAAAGGCAAUAAAGAAGUAGAUACCGGUACAAUUCCCUGCUAUGUACCCAAGGGACUUCCAGAGUGUGAAACAGAUUUCCCUGCACUGCAGCGAUCAUCCACUGCACUGUCUAUUCAUAAGGACAGCUUGAAUGACAACAAGCUAGUUUGUUAUAAUCGUUCCGGAUACCCUUUAGUCAGUGUGAACUCAAACUCAGCUCCUGAAACUGCAAAUAUAAAUGUAAAUGAACAAAACUACUUGACAGCUUUGGAACCAUCAGAAACGCCUGUUGACCUUUCUCUCCGCUCAAAACAGAGUUCAACUUCACGCUCAAUUUCGAAGCGCCCCUCGAGCAGAAGUAACCAUUCAUUUGAGCAUGUUUUGACAAGAAGGUUAACUGAAAAAGCGUCGCGUUCGUUUGAAAUCGGGCAACUCUGUCCGGAGCUGCUCAACCGAUCAAAUGAUGAAAAGAUAGAACACGAAGAGAGAAUUGAAGAACAAUCGCUGUGCCCAGAUAACGUUCACUCGCCUUUAGUAAAAUUUGACCAGUCAUCUAGACUAACAGCUGAACCUGCUCCACUAAGGAGAUUUUUAUCAGAUAAACCAAUGGAUGCUCGUCCGGUGGGAUCAGACAAUACAGGGAACUGCAGUUUUGGUGCGUAUGAUCCUACCGCAAUGGAAAUUCCAACCGACGACAGCAUGGCAACUGAUUCACCGUGGGACGACCAAGUAAAACCAAGCCACAGCCGGGUUCAUCUUGAAAAUGUUCGGAGCAUGGGUAUUCUUCCAUUUAAGAAGCAUUCCCAUUUUAAAGAGGAUAAAGAUGACCAAGCUUGGAAUAUUCAAACCUACUUGGCUACUAUGCGCGACGUCAGUCAGAAACCGCAUUUGAGUCACACGGAGCGAGCCUCAGUACAUCCAUUCGGCAACACACUACGAGAAAAUAUCCGGUGUCCCAUCUACCCAAAUCUGAAGUCCUUAAUCGAAUCUUGGAAAGAAACAAAUUACGUCGAGGAUCCUCAGCACACAUCUAAAUCUAUUGACAGCCACCAGGCAAAGAACAAGUUCUCCAUUGUACACAUGGCGAAAAUGUGA